CUUUAAAGAAAUCAAUUUCUGUGAAAAUAAAAACAUUUCAAAAAAUUUAUAAGGUGGCAUUAAUUAUACUUAUUAAAAGGAAUGAUUGUAUCGUAAAUUAUUUUAUUUAUGUUAGUUCAAAGAUUAAUGAAGGGCUUCAAUAAAAUAUAUUAAAAUAAAUAGAAAGACGAAUAUUUGUUGAGCUAUGUGCAUUGGAUUUUUUCGUGAAGUACAUAAAUGCUAUCCAUGAUGUGUUAGAACUUCAUAAUAGAUACAUGUAAUUACUGGCAUUGUGAAAAAGGCAUUAUCAAUUUACCAUAAUGGGGACGGUAUUGAGCUUUAAUCCAAGAGAACGCCAUCCGUUUUAUUCAUCCCAGACUAGCAUCCAAUAUAACCAACAAUCUGACGUUCGAAACGAAUAUAUAUUGGAAGGUUCUUCUUUAAUGGACUCUCAUUUGAACAACUUUUGCUACGAGCAGUUGAAUAAUGCCAAAAAUCAAGAAACGAAGCAAAGUAUUCGUGUCCCGCUUGCUAAAAAUGGCAUAAUUGCGCAUAAUGGAUGUGGAAGGAUAAAUGUAGGCAAGCAAAGUCAUGUAACCAGCUAUAGUUUCAAUAAAUUAAAAGGUACAAAAGAUGCAAUUAACAAUGAUUUGGAUUUACACAAUGAAAAUUCUGCACUUUUCACGGAAAAAAAUACUAUUGAAAAGAGUAUGAAAAAGCAUUCGUUAUUUAUUAGUGCAUUGUCUUGGAAAAAACUUGCUGCGUCGCAUAAUAAAAAGAAAAUUGAAAAUAAAAAUAAAUGUGCUAAUAUACCUACAGGUUGUUUCAAAACUCAUCCGUUGGAUGCCUCAAAUGUAUCUUAUACCGAUAAAAAUAAAAAUGUUCGCUUGCAUUUCAACCAUAUUAACGACAGUCAACACAUAAAUUUAAAUCAAGAUGUCUCUCAACCAUGUAACACGCUCUUUUCAAAUUCUAAAACUAAAAAGCAAAUAACAUCACAAGAUCUUGUUAGAAUUAAUACCACUAAUUUUAAUAAGCAUAACAAAUUGAUUCAAAAAGAGCCUUUGACUUUAUCUUUGACCCCACAAUCGCAGACAAUCCAAAAUAAAAACAGCCACAUUCCGAGGAAAACUGUAAUCCAGGCAUCAACUUCGGAAUUAUUGAAAUGUUUGGGAAUAUUUUUACAUUACCGAUGUAAAAAAUUGAAGAAUUUUGAAGCCGGAGAUGCCGUCAUGUGGUUAAGAGCUGUCGAUAGAAGCCUAUUACUUCAGGGGUGGCAAAUGGCUGGCAGAAAAAAGCGUUCAGGGUGGACUUUAAAUGAUGAGUUGGAGCUGCUGGAAAAAUUAGAGGCACGUUCCCACGACCUCCGGCGUGCAAAGCUAAAUGCUCAUAUAUACAAUGAGAUUUCGCAGGAAAUGGCACAAAAAUAUACCACCGAGGAAAUUCACUGCAAAGUGAAAACAUGACCAAGAAAUACGAUUUUUCAAUAAUUACAUAUCUUCUUUUAACACAUUAAUAACUCUACUUUCAGAGAAGAGAAAACCAAAAUUGGCCCUUCUGGUGGUAGUCCCUCGCCUUGGAGGCAUUAUAAUGCUGUGAAUCGCAUAAUAGGGUGGACUGCCGUUAAUUCGGCUUUGUACAUAGAGACCUACUCGUAUUCCGAAGUAAAAAACGAAUUUAUUUUAUUUAUCGCCAUCAUGUCCGCUGCCACCUUCGUUGCCGUCACCAUCACCUUCAUCUCCGCUGCCACCUUCGUUGCCGUCACCAUCACCUUCAUCUGCAACAAGAAAACGCAAUUUUAGCGCCGAGUUGUUAAAGGUUUUAAAAAAACAAACUGAGAUAUUAGAAAGGGUUGCGGAUGAAACAAAGCACGUUUCAGAGGAAAUACUUCAGACUGUUCGACAGCACAAUAAUUUGUCCGAAAGAUUUUUAACCCUUAUGGAGAACAUCGCAGAGAAACUUUAAGUUUAAAAUAAUUUUAUCGUUUUUUCUAGUCCUAAGCCAUUAUUUAAUGAAAUGUUUUGUUUUUUUCUAGUCCUAAGCCAUUAUUUAAUGAAAUGUUUUGUUAUUUUCUAGUCCUAAAACAUUAUGUAGUGUAACAAAAAAUAAAUUUAAAUAAUAUUUGUUUUCUGCUACUCUA